AAUAUACUCUUUUAAUUUUUAUUUUUUAGGAUAAAAUGAAAGAUAAAAUCCAAAAUGAUUGGAAAAUAAUAUAAUAUUAUUGCAUUAAUUUUUCUUUUCUGUUGUAAUUUAUAUGUAUAGCUAUUAUUUUCACGAUAACUUUCUUAAAGAUAAGUGCGUGCUCACAGGUGUACAGUUUAUUGGAAGCGUAUGUUACAGCCAAUGUCAAGUGAGGUUAUAAUAUAGAAAGCAGUUUUUGCGUAUUUUGCAGCAAUAAGAAAUGGAUUCAGCACCAGCUCAAGAGGUGACUGAAUUACUGAAACAGUGGGAGGAGCAGCACCCCACACCCGGCUAUGACCCAAUACCUACUUUGACAAGGAUAGCAGAAAUAAUAGAAGCGGAGACUGAGAAUUUCAUGAAAAAGGACCCAGAUCCAUUUGAUGAGAGACAUCCUUCACGAACAGACCCCGAGUGUGCUUUAGGGCAUGCGCUAAAAGUAAUGUUCAAGAAGGACAACUUUAUGACCAAGCUAGUAAACGACUAUGUGCGCGACACCUUUUACUCCCGCCAGAACAUAACGGGGCGGGAUGUACAUAAACUUAACGUGGCUGCGUGCAGACUCACACUAGAUCUGAUGCCGGGACUGGAAAUGAGCGUGGUGUUUCAGGACAACGAAGCCCUAAUCCAUCGACUACUGAACUGGGCCACGAAUUCCCCGGAGCCCCUUCAGUGUUAUGCCACUGGACUAUUGGCAGCCGCUAUGGAGGUGCAAGAAAUCGCUACGAACUUCAGGGAACUCAACGCAAUGCUGGUACCUUUGAUGCUGAAGAGGCUACACGAGCUGAGAGCAAAGCCCCAAGAUGACAAACCUGGCGCCAACCUCGUGACACCUCCGAGUCAGACGAGACAUUUCGCGCGAUUCGACAAGAAGAAGAAUAAUGAUAUUAAGUGCAAUGGACCAACGCCGGACAAAAAAGAUCGCGAGAAAGACGAUGGCGGAGGUGGUGUUAUGCUAACAGAUGAAAUAGCGCCCAUAGCGAAAGACCCCGAGACUCCAGUGAAAAACUUUAAUUGUAGCGCCGGGUCCCCAGAGCGGUGGGGGCUCAUGUCACCCCCCGCGCGGCCACCCCCCCUCGCGAUCCCCGCCCUGCACCACGAGACCUCCUCCAACUCCAGCUGGGUGGAGAUGGAGACAUACGUCAUAGGAAACAUACAAAUCCAUCCACCGACGGACGCAACAAAACAGAUGUUAAUACUUAGGUACCUGACGCCAAUCGGUGAAUAUCAAGAGUUCCUAUCACACGUGUUCGAGUGGAACGCCCUGGGCCUCAUCCUGGGGUACCUGAACGUACGGGAGUCCCGGGACUCGAGGCUUGCGUUCGAGGCCCUGAAGUAUUUAGCUGCCCUGCUAUGCCAUAAGAAGUUCUCCAUAGAUUUCAUCAACAUGGGCGGAUUGCAGAAGUUUCUGGAAGUCCCCCGCCCGUCCGUCGCCGCAACCGGCGUGUCCAUCUGUCUAUACUAUUUGGCGUACUGCGAGGACGCGAUGGAAAGAGUUUGCCUUAUGCCGUCUCACAUCCUCGCUAACCUCGUCGAAUACGCGCUAUGGCUUCUGGAGUGUUCGCACGACUCGGGGCGUUGCCAUGCGACCAUGUUCUUUGGGCUGUCCUUUCAAUUCCGGGUCAUACUCGAGGAGUUUGAUAAGCAGGACGGUCUCCGGAAACUGUACAAUGUGAUAUCGACGCUGCCAAUACUGGGCUCCGAUGAGGAGGAGUCACGGGUGUCUGAUGACGAAACGUGCGCGGCCAGACAGAUCGUGCGUCAUGUCUGCGUUGCGCUCAGGAGAUACUUCGAAGCCCACUUGAGGAUACGAUCCGCCCAAGUAUUGAGACAGCAAGGUGACAACGUCCCCGAUCCACCUCCUUAUAAAGCGUCAAAAUCAACAGUAGAAGAGAUACAGGAGCAAAUAGAAAUCGUCCAGAGCGCCUGGUGGGCCCGGUGGACGCCCGUAGACGAAUUACUAGAACUGGGCGGCGUGUCUCUGUUACUACAGGUCGUUGGCUUCGCUUACGACUGGAACUUCAACGGAAGAGCGGAGACAGUCAGGUCAGCGCUGGACGUCAUAUCCGUGUGCUGUGUCGCGCCACGUGUCCAGUUGCUCCUAACGGACAAGAUAAACAUGCGGGACGCCGACCUCACCACCGGCGUGCAUAUUGUGCUCAGUAAGUGCCGUAAUGCACGCCUCGUGAAACUAGACUCGAUGGGCGGCGCGGCGGACGGCGACAUCGUCCCAGAGCCUGAGGUACAAAAAGCUGCGUUGAACGUACUCGUCAACUGCGUGUGUGCGCCUGCGCAUCGGGGUGGCCCUUCUUCAGCCAGGUUCUCGUUGACUGGCUCAAGUAAAAAGAAGACAGCGGUCAAAUCCUACGAGGAUGUCAUACAGAAGGUUUGGGAGAGUGUACGGACAAAUAAUGGAAUUAUGGUGCUGCUAUCACUGAUGAUGGUGAAGUCCCCCAUCACCGACGCUGACCGGUUGCGAGGGCUCGCGUGCCGAGCUCUGGCCGGGUUGGCUCGGUGCCCAACCGUCAGACAGAUCAUCUCUAAGUUGCCGCUGUUCACCACCUCGCACCUCCAGGUGCUGAUGCGGGAUCCGAUCCUCCAGGAGAAGAGGCAGGAGCACGUGAUGUUCCAGAAGUAUGCUCUGGAACUGCUGGAGAGGGUCUCCGGGAAGAGCAAACACAUGGGGGCGGAGUUCGAGACCUCGCUCGCCAAUAUACACAGAGCAAACGUGGUGGCUCAGACAAGGAUCAGCUACAACGAACGACAGCUACUUCAGCUGGUAGCAGCGCACCUCUGGGCCCGGGGGCUCAAGGACAGCGCGUCGGCGUUGCAGCGGGAGGCGGGGCUCCCCCCGCCCGCACCCCCCGCGCCUCCGCACCACCCUCCGCCCGUGUACACACCCUCCACACCCGUCAGGUCGCGUCUGUCUGUAUCGCGAGCCAGUAGCUGCGGUUCAGUGCUUCACCGCGACAGCUUAGACCACUCGCACGCCCCCCAUAACGAAGACAGCCCGAUGCCGGCCGUCAUCAAACUUAGGAAACUCCAGAACCAAUCCCACUCGACCGGAUCAGGGCCGCCCACCCCGGGGCCGGAACAGAAACGCUCCCUCCAGAAGCAACUGAGCGCAGCUGGGGGGGACCGGCCCUGCUCCCCCCCGCGGGUCACACUGCACUCCAUCAUCACAGAGUACCUGUACAACCAGCACGCGCUAUGCAAGAACCCCGUCGUCACUUGCCCGCAGUUCAACCUGUUCGAGCCGCACAAAUGCCCCGAGCCGUCAUCUGGCAGCCUCGCCUCGGUGGCGGUGCGAGGCGCGGAGGCGGCCAACCUGCUCGCGCGCGUCGUACGCCGCGAGACGCACAGCCUCGCCUCGUGCCGCGCGCACGCACGCCUCGCGCACUCGUACUUCUCGCACGUACGCACGCUACGGCUGCAGGACGACGACGCGUACUUCACGCACACGAUAUUCCAUCCAUUGCAACAGCAACUGCUAACGGCGACGUCGUCCGGCGACAUCCGGGUGUUCAACUUGUUCACAGGCGUCGAGGAGAACUCUUACCAAGUGCACGAGUCAUAUAUAUAUCAUAUGCAAGCGAGCAGAGACGGUUGCCUUCUACUGGCGUCGUCGACGACCUCGUGGCGAACCCUCUCAGCUCUAUGGAACAUGAAGGAGUUUGAGCAACUGUUCCAGCUGGACAACGAGGAGUACGUAGAGUUCUCCAAGAUGUCCGAAGAGCGCAUCAUCGGCACAAAGGGCGAAACUGCUAGCAUAUUCGACACUCGCACCGGCCGCGAGUUUAUGACGCUCACGCCCGCCAUCUCAAACCAGUACGCCAAGAACAGGGCGACCUUCAACCCGACGGACGAGCUCGUGUUAUCGGACGGCGUCCUCUGGGAUGUGAACACAGGCAAAGAAAUACACAAGUUCGACAAACUGAACCAAACACACAGCGGAGUUUUCCAUCCCAACGGCUUAGAGGUAAUAUCAAACACGGAAGUGUGGGACCUGAGGACAUUCCACCUUCUAAGGACAGUGCCUUCAUUAGAUAAAUCAGAGGUAAUAUUCAACCCCACAUGCAGUGCGCUGUAUGCGGUGUGCUCCGACCAGGACUCGGAGGAGCGCAGCCAGUUCGACACCAGCUUCAAGACGCUCGACCCCUACGACUACUCCAGUAUAGCAACGAUUGACGUGAAAAGAAACAUUUACUCGCUUAGCGUGUCUCGCUACGGCACUCAGAUAUCGCUGGUGGAGAACAUGGGCGACUUCGAACAAGUGCAAGAGUCGUGCGUCAAGUUAUAUGACGUGGGAAGGAAACGGGACCACGAUGACGACGCGGACGAGGAAGAUGAGGAAGAGUUGGCCGCUGGGUCCGACAACGACGACGGCUCCGACUCCGGGUCCGACAACGUCGACGACUUAGCUUCCAGCCUGCUGCAGCGGUACAACGCAGUGAUGGAGUUAGCGGAGGGCUCCGGCUCGGGCUCCGCUUCGGGCUCCGCCUCCGGCUCGGGCGAGUCUUCGCGUGACGAGCUCGAGCGCGACGAGGAGCCGCCGCGGCGACGCCCGCGACGGAUGCGCACGCGACGACGGGCGGCGGAGAGGAGAAGUAGCGACAGCGACGCGGACAUAGACUUCGACAAUAUAAUAGAAUUCGAGCUUGACUAACGAAAACACACACACACACAGAUAAUACGCAAUAUAAAUAUAAAUAAAUAAAUGGUUUCGAAGCGUA